CAGACAGACCGUGAGUGAAACGCAGGUACCACAGCUAGCUUUUGAUCCCGUGCUCGACAGAUAGACCGCCCGCAGCGAAAGCUGCAAAACCCAGAUUAAAGAGCCUUUGACAGCCGUGCCUAUUUAUGCCUAUGUGUGCUUUGCGCGUGCAGCGUUCGGGAAAGCAAAUGUUUUAAGGAGAGGGCUAGCUUGCUGCAUUUAGCAAGUGUGUCUUUUCUCCUGUGUUCCCUUUUGCAUUUCUCAGCGUUUUAGGGACGUUGUGGAAUCUCAAGGUAAACACAUUUGCACACGGUUAGCUGUAGCACACACAGUCAGGAUAUCACCAAGUGUUGGCUCCUACAUCGGGGUUGGAUUGAUCUGUAAUUUAGCGGGUCGCAUCCUUUGAAGGCCUGUCUGCACUGGUGCCCUUCUGUUGUUGCCUCCCCUGCAUCAGUCGGUGUUUGAAGAGUCGAUAAACUGGACACCACAAAAUUGGCAGAGAUGGAUGAGCAGAGUGUAGAGAGUAUAGCGGAGGUGUUCCGGUGUUUCAUCUGCAUGGAGAAGCUGAGAGACGCCAGACUCUGCCCUCACUGCUCCAAACUCUGCUGCUUCAGCUGCAUACGGCGAUGGCUGACAGAACAGAGGGCCCAGUGUCCACACUGCCGGGCUCCUCUCCAGCUGCGUGAGCUGGUCAACUGUCGCUGGGCUGAAGAGGUCACACAGCAAUUGGACACACUGCAACUCUGCAAUCUGUCCAAGCAUGAGGAGAACGACAAAGACAAGUGUGAGAAUCACCAUGAGAAGUUGAGUGUGUUCUGUUGGACCUGCAAGAAAUGCAUCUGCCACCAGUGUGCUCUCUGGGGCGGCAUGCAUGGCGGUCACACCUUUAAGCCCCUGGCUGAGAUCUACGAGCAGCACGUUACCAAGGUGAACGAGGAGGUUGCUAAGCUACGCAGACGCCUCAUGGAACUCAUCAGCCUCGUACAGGAAGUGGAGAAGAACGUGGAGGCGGUGCGGGGUGCGAAGGACGAGCGCGUUCGAGAGAUCCGGAAUGCCGUGGAGAUGAUGAUAGCUCGCCUGGACAACCAGUUGAAGAAUAAACUCAUCACUCUAAUGGGUCAGAAAACGUCCCUGACUCAGGAAACCGAGCUGUUGGAGUCUCUUCUACAGGAAGUCGAACACCAGCUGCGCUCCUGCAGUAAGAGUGAGCUGAUCUGUAAGAGUCCCGAGAUCCUGCUGAUGUUCCAGCAAGUUCACAGGAAACCCAUGCAGUCAUUCGUCACCACGCCUGUACCACCGGACUUCACCAGUGAGCUGGUGCCGGCGUAUGACUCGAGUGUGUUCGUGCUCUCCAGCUUCAGUACUCUGCGUCAGCGUGCGGAUCCUGUGUACAGCCCUCCUCUACAGAUCUCAGGGCUCUGUUGGAGACUCAAGGUUUACCCUGAUGGUAAUGGUGUAGUGAGGGGGAACUACCUAUCCGUGUUUCUGGAAUUGUCUGCUGGACUUUCGGAAACCUCCAAGUAUGAGUACCGUGUGGAGAUGGUCCAUCAGGGCUCCAGUGAUCCCAGUAAGAACAUCAUACGCGAGUUCGCAUCCGACUUUGAGGUGGGAGAGUGUUGGGGUUACAACCGUUUCUUCCGUCUGGACCUGCUGGCUACUGAAGGAUACCUGGACCGCCAGAACGACACACUCAUACUCAGGUACCAGGUGCGCUCUCCAACGUUCUUCCAGAAGUGUCGAGACCAGAGCUGGUACAUCGGACAGCUAGAAGCAGCACAGAGCAGCUACUUGCAGCAGAUACACCAUCUUCAAGAGCGUCUGGCAAUGCAGCUGUUCCGCAAUGAGAAGAGUCCAGACCAGCGGCGAAGCGGAACCAGAGAGAACCGACCGGAGAAGGCCUCAGAACUCACUGCAACAGAACCAACUGAGGACGAGAGGGUAGGGGAGAGAGAGGCGGGUCCUGAAGAGGAAGGGGUUGUGACUUCCAGUAAGACAGAGGAAGAUGAAGAGGACAAAACCCAACAGGACGACACUAACGAGCUCUCCGACGGGGAUCUGGAUGUGGAUGUGUGUGAGGUGGAGGAGAGUGAGGAGGUGUGUGUGACUCCUCUGGACGGCAGCUCCACAUCCGGAAGCUCCACGGCAACCAGCAACACUGAGGAGAACGACAUUGACGAGGAGACCAUGUCUGGUGAUAAUGAUGUGUACGGAGCUACUCUGGAUCUGGACGACAGGAAUGCAGCUGACGACACAGCUGGAGCCACUGGUGGUUCUGCAGUGCGUGGGUCUCGGCGUGGUGCGGCUGCGUCUAGCUGUGCGUCUGGACUUCUGGAGAUCGACCCGGUUAUACUGAUACAACUACUGGACCUUAAAGACAGACACCACAUGGACACAUUGUGGAGCAACCAGGGUGCGGUGGGUUGUCGUAAGGAUGGUGACCGUGAUGGGCGGAGUCAGGCAGUGCGGAGGGCAGCCCCGGACUCAGGGGUCCUCAUUCGCCUCAAGGCCCAGAUGGCCGAGGUGCGCAGCAAGAUGAGCGACGUGAAGGGCCAACUGGAGGCCCUGGGAGGAGACGCACACCCACCCCUCACGCCCCCGCUCACACAGGCCCGCGCAGCCUCCGUGCACACACACGCACUCACGCCACCGCAGCUAUCGCCCCCUGUGGAAGAGGAGGAUAGCGGCAGGAAGAGCGACGCACUGGACAUGCUGUUCAAAGGCAACACACGACACACACGCGGUGGUAAGAAGUCUCCCCCCAAGGCGGAGGCUGUGUGUGUGUUGGGGGGAGUGUGUGUGUCGGGGCGCCGUGCUCAGGAGGGGGGAGAGAAGGAGAUGAGGGGAGGCGACAACGCAGAACCAUCACACACCAGCCGAGACAACACAGAGGGGGUGGUGGUGAAGGUGCGUAGUGUCCACAGCUCUCCUCCGUCUCUGGGCAGCUCAGGGGAGCGCGAGGGGGGAACGCUAUACACAAUCAACGGACUCAAGACGCGCAGGCCUGGGCUAUUGACUGACAGCUCUGUGGAGGGCGACCCAGAGGCGGGACCUACAGAAUCCCACCAAUCAAGACUCACCGUGGCCGAACCCUCCUCCUCACGCAGCGACGACGGUGGCCUGAUGAGUAGUGACACUGAAAACGAAGACGAUGGAGAUCCUGAGGAUUCAUUCAACACCCACACACUGCCUGACACAGGUGACUCUCUGCUGUCUGACGAGGUGUCGUUCCCGGCUGGAGAGGCCACCGAGAGGUGAUGAGAUGCGUAUCCAUGACAACCAGAUGAUGAUGAUGAUGAUGAUGCGUCUCCUUGACAACAAGAUGCCCCGCCCCCUCACUCCUCAUUGGUUCACUUCGUUUGUUUGUUUACUGUGUGUUUAUGUUAGUUGGUUUUGUUGAUGUGAUUGUACGGCUGCACUUUUUUCCCCUCCCUCUGUUUUUUGAGAGAGUUAAGAGAACGUUACCAGAACAAGGUGAAUAAGACACACACGUGUGUUUUGUGUUUGUGUGUGUGUGUUCUGUUUCUGUAAGGUAUUUUGGGAGCAAGCGGUUUAACUUUUAUACCUUUUUGAUUUUUU